AUGACAACGGUUAACGAGCAGAUACUACCACCUUACUACUACUACGUGGAUCCUGAUACUACGUAUCAAACGCAAAGACCAAAUCCGCUGGAUGAUCUGAUAUCUGUUUAUGGGCUACAAGAUUUAUCUCACCAGGUGGCGCGCACAAAUCAAGAUGGUACCAGAGCUAUAAAACUCCGUAAAUCAUACAAAAAUCAAAUUCAAGAUCUAUCAGGUAAAUUUGCCACUAUACCGACAAGGGAAAAUGGUAAAGGAGGUGAAAUCUCUCAUAUACUUUUCCAAAAUAAUCCUGAUAUGAUUCCGCAGGUCAGGAGAGAACCCGGAAUGACAGACGAACAGUAUAAUGCGGCUGUUGCAGACCGUGAUAGAGCACUUUUCGAAUCACCGAAUAUGGAUUGGGAUGUCUGCAAAGCCGUGCUUUCACAAUUCGAAAGAUCUUAUCCGAGCGAAUUUCAAGGUCAAGGUUUCCAAGUAGAUGAUUUAGCAUUUGAUUUAGAUGGUACAGGUAAGAUCAAUCAAAAGAAGCGCAAAGUUAAAUCAAAUGGAAGUUCAAUGGCCACACCGAACAGUGAUAUGCAAGAGGACGUCAAGCGCAGGAGGCUUGAUUAG